UAGGUAAUGCUGACCCUCUCUGGGCUGUUCCUCUUGUUUCCUGUUUAAAGUUUACUUUCACUUUCCAGAGGCUGAUGUGACGCAGUUUUUUCUCUCCGUGUGGAGCUCCAUCUGAAGGACCCAUCAGAGACCAGACCCUGCUGAACCUGAACCUGGACCCAGCUGUGUGUCCAUGAAGAGUAACCGGUCCAUGGAGCCACCGCUUUAAAAAAAAGACCUGUAAGGGAGAUGCGAAUAGAAAUGGAGGAGAGAGGAUUGAUGGAGAGACUUGAAUGGCAGAAGGAGCGAAUUGCAAUGGAAAGUGAAAUUGAAAUGUUAAGAAGAAGAUUGAGGACCCAGAAGAGACCAGAGUCUCCUGAACCUGAACCCAGCUGUGUGUCCUUCAAGAGUGACCGGUCAAAACAAGGUCUCAUUGACUUUAAAGAUCAACAACCCUCUGCUGAAAAGAGGAUCCAUCAAAGACCAGACUCUGCUGAACCUGAACCCAGCUGUGUGUCCUUCAAGAGUGACCGGUCAAAACAAGGCCUCAUUGACUUUAAAGGUCAACAACCCUCUGCUGAAAAGAGAAGACCAGACUCUGCUGAACCUGAACCCAGCUGUGUGUCCUUCAAGAGUGACUGGUCAAAACAAGGCCUCAUUGACUUUAAAGAUCAACAACCCUCUGCUGAAAAGAGGACCCAUUGGAGACCAGACUCUGCUGAACCUGAACCGAGCUGUGUGUCUUUCAAGAGUGACCGGUCAAAACAAGGCCUCAUUGACUUUAAAGGUCAACAACCCUCUGCUGAAAAGAGAGUGGACCAGGAGAGCUCAGAGGUUCCCAGUGGAAGUCAUUCUGGAGUUUGUAAGCGUAAACUCAAAUCUAAGCUAAACAAGAAGUUCCAGUGUGUGUUUGAGGGGAUUGCUAAAGCAGGAAACCAAACCAAUCUGAAUCAGAUGUUCACAGAGAUCUACAUCACAAAGGAAGGGAUGGCAGAGGUCAAUGAUGAACAUGAGACUGAGUGGCUGUAA